AUGCUCAAGGGUCCGAUGAUGAAUAUAAGAAUCCUCAAAGGCUGCCUUGAGCCCCCUCCAGCAUUUCUUCUUCCUCGUCUACAUCUCGAAAUACCUACCAAACGUGGUAUCAAAUCCAUCUCCAAACCUCGACAGAGUCGCUUUAAUAAAGGCAACGGGCUUCCAAGACUAGAAGCCUCUACAGAUGCCGCCUUAGCUCGCAAAGCACAUUCCACGCCACUACGUUCGGGGGCAUUGGCCAUCAAGAAGGGUAUGUCCGCCAUAUAUGACACGGAAACUGGCCGUCGCCAUGCGUGCACCGUUGUUCAAUUAGAUCGGGUACAGGUUGUCUCCCACAAGCGGAAAGAGAAGCACGGAUACUAUGCUGUACAGGUUGGGUUAGGGUGGAAACAUCCAAGCAAUGUGACUCGGCCACUGCUGGGUCAUUUUGCAGAGCAUGGCGUGAGCCCAAAAAGGCACCUAGUAGAGUUUAAAGUACGAGAUGAGAAUGGACUCCUGGAGGUUGGCAAACAGAUCGGAGCCGAUUGGUUUCAAGAAGGACAGUAUGUAGACGCAAGAGCCAACUCACGAGGCAUGGGAUUUGCCGGAGGUAUGAAGAGGCACGGAUUCAGUGGACAACCAGCUUCUCACGGCACGUCAUUGACUCACAGAGCUAUGGGUUCGGUCGGGCAGUCACAAGGUGGUGGCUCUAGAGUCCUACCUGGAAAGAGAAUGCCGGGGAAGAUGGGCAAUCAUCAAGUGACAUUACAAAAUGUUAAGGUGAUGCGGAUUGAUGACGAGAAAGGCAUCGUUGUGCUCAAUGGAUGUGUGCCCGGACCUAAAGGGUGUCUCGUGAAGCUAUCAGACGCCAUCAAAAAACCGUGGCCUAACAUACCGUUGAUGACUUCCGAGGCCCAAGUUACAACAGAACCGUUGAGAGCGACUGCGUGA